CGCGCUCUCACGUACGAAAUUCUUUAUCUGUGCAAUGGACUAAUAAGGUGGCGCCAUCUGUCAUAACCUCUGAGUGUGCCUCCUCCAGCGAUUGUCCUCCUCGUUUAUCUGGCGGGAUAAAAUGGCAAUGUGCCUCCUCUUUACCAAUAUUUUACCAAUAUGGUAGGUAGCGCCACCUAUCGAGCUAGAUGUGACUUAUUAAAAAAUUAGUCGAGUUAGCAGAAAAAAAUAUGAUUAAUAAGUCUAUGGCAAGUAGGUAUUUUGACGUUGCCAAAUUUCGGGAUAGACAUUUUGAUCCACGAUGUUUAUUUAGUGAUUUUCGAUAUAUUUUACAAAUAAAUUAUCAUGUGCUACUUGUAUCCGGCUUUCUCUUCGUGUUUUGGGAUACGACUGCGAAUCGGACUACUUUACAUUGCUAUAUUAUCAAUCGUGACAGGCGCACUGAUAAACGCCGCGAUCAAGAAGCUCGGCGUUGACGUGAGCUCCAUCAGAGACGUGGUCGUGACCACCACAACUACCACCACAUUAACCACCACGACUGCCGUUGAAGAGUCAGACGACACUGAUAUUACUGACGAAGAGGUGCCCGCUCCCCAGGCUCUCAACGCCCGGGUUCCGCGGGUGAAGGACGCCUGGAGACGGAUGAAGACCACGAGACCGAAGCUCCCUGUAGAGAGUAUCGGGGAAGAUGGACUGCUUAAGGUAAUUUCUUUCGAAGAUUCCGGUGGCACGGAUAAUGACCCCCCUCCGAAAUCUGAGGGGUCCAACGCAUCCGGUGGCACGGAUGAUGACCCCCCUCCGAAACCUGAGGGGUCCAACGAAUCUGGUGGCACGGAUGAUGACCCCCCUCCGAAACCUGAGGGGUCCAACGAAUCCGGUGGCACGGAUAAUGACCCCCCUCCGAAACCUGAGGGGUCCAACGAAUCCGGUGGCACGGAUAAUGACCCCCCUCCGAAACCUGAGGGGUCCAAAGAAGACGGGGAUGCCAAGAGUUCGAAAGAAUCCGAUGUCUCUGAGGGCUCCAAAAAACCUGGGGACCCUAAGGGCUCCAAAGAACCAGGGGAUCCCAAGGGCUCCAAAGAAUCCGAGGACCCUGACGGGUCCAAAGACUCCGAUGACGCUAAUCCGACAGAGACCACGCGUGUCACGACCACCACUCCCCCCGGCCCCAGCACCACUAAAGAAGAACUGUUCACGGAAGUUAUGGGAAAGGUGAACCGCAACGGUCUGAGCUUUCUCUCGAUCACGUUCAUAUUCCUCGGGAUCAUUCUGCUUAUCGCGAACUUCGUGAACUCCCCCGAGCUGGCGCUGAUCUACGUGUGGCUGCUUGUGUCAACCAUAAUAGCGUCGCUCGUAAUUCUGGCUGCCACCGUGGGCGAGUGCACACUAGCGCCACAUUCCUGUCUGCUCUCGAAGCUGGACGAUUUCACGGGCACCAUGAUCUGUUUGUUCUGGCUCCUCUAUAUAUCCGCGUGGACCCACUUCGCCGCUGUGGCCAAUGGCAUGGCAAGACAAGUGACAGGCGCCCUGAUAAACGCCGCGAUCAAGAAGGCCGGCGUCGACGUGAGCCACAUCAACGACGUGAUGGAGCUCCUGAACACCACCGCAGCCACCACCAAGAUGACCACAACCGUCAUAGAGACAGAAGACACUGAUCUCACUGGUGAAGAUUUGAUCGCUCUCAACGAGGUGCCGCGGGCGAAGGCCAGGCGACGGAUGGGGACCGCGGAGCCCUGGCUCACCACGGUCGAGAUUAUCGGGGAAGAUGGACGGCUUCAGGUAAUUUCUUUCGAAGAAGAAACCGAGACUGAUGACGACGACCCUCCUCCUCCUCCUCCUCCUCCUCCUCCUGCCGCGGAAUCCAAUGUUGCCGAGAGCUCUAAGGAGUCCAAAGUUGCCGAAGUUGACGAAGGCUCGGGAGAGGAGGCGACUACCAAAGGCGCUGGGGCCAAAAUCAAAUCGAAGCAUAGGACCACUCCCGCCGGACCCAGCACCCCUAAAAAAGACGUCUACACGGCCGCGAUGGGCAAGGUGAACCGCAACGGUCUGAACUUCCUCGCGAUGCUCUUCAUCGCGCUGGGGAUCAUACUGCUUAUCGCUAACUUCGUGAACUCCCCCGAGAUGGCGCUACUGUACGUGGCGCUGCUAAUAUCGACUUGCAUAGCGUCGCUCGUCCUGCUGACUUCCGUCGUGGGUGAAUGUGCGCGCGCGCACGACACCUGUCUGCUGGCGAAGCUCGACUGGUUCACGGGCUUCGUGCUCACUCUGUUCUGGUUCGUCUAUAUCUUCGUGUGGGCCUUCUUCGCUGCUGUGGCCAAUGGCAUGGCGAGAGAGGUCCCCUAGACUGGCUUAUACGUGAAUAUCUAUAGAUAAUGUAAUGUAUGAAGAACGUGCACUCUACGAUUAAGUCGUAACAGAACCGU